ACCUUCGAGAUUGCCCCUGGAGCGUGGGGACAGAAGUGUUCUGCUGUCCAAAGUCCCUGAAUCCAGGGGGCAAGAAAAUGAUCGAUGAACAUGGGAAAAGAAAUCCAGCUACGGCCUAAGGUGAAUGUCUCAUCGUACAUUCACUUUUUGCUGAAUUACAGGAACAAGUUCAAGGAGCAGCAGCCAAACUCCUACCUUGGCUUUAAAGAGUUCUCUAGGAAGUGUUCAGAAAAAUGGAGGUCCAUUUCCAAGCACGAGAAGGCCAAGUAUGAAGCUCUGGCCAAGCUGGACAAAGCCCGGUACCAGGAGGAGAUGAUGAACUACGUGGGCAAGAGGAGGAAGCGGAGAAAGCGUGACCCCCAGGCACCCAGGCGGCCUCCGUCAUCCUUCAUCCUCUUCUGCCAGGAGCACUACGCACAGCUGAAGAGAGAGAACCCCAGCUGGUCGGUGGUCCAGGUGGCCAAGGCCACCGGGAAGAUGUGGUCCACCACGACGGACGUGGAAAAGCAGCCCUAUGAGCAGAGGGCGGCGGUCCUGAGAGCCAAGUACCAGGAGGCGCUAGCUGUCUACCGUCGGCAGCGUGGCCUCGCCAGGAAAAAGGCGCUCCAGCAGCCCAAGAACCGGCGCAGGGGCAAGGCCACGGCCCGCAGAAGCUAAAGAUCCGAUUGACAAAGGAAAAUAAAACACCAUUCACCAAU